AUGCAAUUCAAGUCUUUUGCCUGCGUUGCUGCCCUGGCAGUCGGUGCCAUUGCGGGCCCUGUCCCUGAUCCUGUCGCUGAGGCCUCCCCCGAACCUUCUUCCACCGGUGCCCCGCCUCCUCCAGAUGUCGACACCUCUAAGUUUACAGCGAAUAUGAGCAAGGACCCCAAUUACGACUAUUGCGGACUCAACUUGUACCUUCCUGGUCUUUGCGGGGACAAGCACAUUCGGACUGGCAAAAUGAUGACCGCUGGCCAGGGCAGCGACUAUGGUCAUGCCUGCUAUUUCAAGGACGGCGAUAGCUGGACCGCCGCAGACUUCUGCGGUCAGGGAUCAGAGGCAACGUGGAUCGACAAGGGUGUCGUCCACAUUACCAUCCCUGAUAAACAAGCGCUCAAAGUUGAUUUCAAAGGUGUUGUCGAGACAUCGGAUCGACGUAUCUUGAACGAUGGCGAGGCUGGAACGGUGUCUACUUUCGAGGCAGAGGACGACGAUUAA